AUGUCUAUCUCAACUACACUCCUCACGCUCCCCUUGGAGAUCCGGCACCAGAUCUACUCCUACAUGCUCCUCAACGAAGACAUCAUAGACAUGAUAGCGGCAAACGUGACCCGCCCCCAGGAAUACGGCUUGUUCCUCGCCUGCCGCCAGCUGCACUUCGAAGCCUUCGACUACUACUACAACGCCAACACCUUUCAACUCUCCCUCUGCGAUCCCACCUAUUCUCCCAAUGAGUACCUCCAUGGGGAUCGUAUCCUCGUGGAACGUCUCGGCAGCAUGCGCAACCUCCACGUGGAGAUUGGACCCAUGGAGCGCAAGCUCGUCGGCAACACAAGCCAAGAUGUCUACGUUCUGCAUUAUGAGAGGGAGCAGCGUUGGAGCCGCUUCGUCAAGCAGCUGGCUGAUGUCCACGAAGGUCAGGCGGGAUGGUUGCUCCGGAGUCUGGUCGUUGUGGCUCGUUACACACCUCGUUUCCCAAUUCGGACCGAUUGCUUGAACGAUCAGCCGGUACGGCCCCCGACUCACCCGUCAGUGUUCGAGAAGAGGGUCGCGGCCUUGGCACAGUUGGUGAAGCUUUUGGAGGAUAAGGUCGGGAAUCUUACGAUCGAGAUACGCUCUGGUUAUGUUUGGACUCCGGUGGUCCCGAUCGGUAAUUAUCCGUACGACGUGCUAACGAGCUCGACUGUACCUCCACGCUAG